AUGUCACAAUUUAUCGGCUACGGGGUCAAGCUUGAGCUUAAGGAUGGCAAGAUACUAGAAGGUAAGAUUACGAAGGCGACUUCUAAAGGUUUAGUGCUAUCCGAUGUGAAGUUCGAAGACGGUGGAAGCUCUCAAUUGUUUAAAGUUAGAUCGUCACAACUGAAGGAUUUGAAAGUUGUGAGUGUGAGACAGAAGAAUGGCAAAGGCAAUGGUAGUAAUGGUAAUGCUGCAAACAAAUCUAGUAGGAACAAGAGUAGAAAUGAUUACAGUAUGAAUUCUGGUAGCCAGACAAAUGGUAACACAUCGCAUGGUGGAUCUAGGCACAACAAUAAUAAUAAUAAUAAUAGCAGGUACGAUAGCGACUGGGCCAAUGAUGAUGUUAAUCAGAUUAAGUUGCAAGACGAUUUUGAUUUCCAAGGAAACCUGAAUAUGUUCAACAAGAAAGAUGUAUUUGCACAAUUGAAACAGCAGGAUGAUGUGGCACCGGAAUUGAGGCUUGUAGCUCAUAAUAAGAAGAAGGACUACGAGAAGCCAAAGAAUUUCAAUAUUGACGAAAUGGUUAUUCCUAACGCUAAGGAGGACUCUUGGCAUAAAAUUGACUCAGAAAGACCACAACAACAAAAAUCAGACGGAUAUCUUGAUUUUGAGAGUGGUACAGAUGAUGAUGAUGUUGAUGACCAUGAAGAUCGUCAGUUAUCAAAUACAAGGGACAGAAAGAACAAUAACCAAAUCAAGCACAAUGUUGAGGAUGACGACGAUGAUGAUGAUGAAGGUUUGGAAUUUCAUGAUGCUGAUGAAUUACCAAUUACACAAGCAGUCAAUAUCACACAUUUACUUCAUAAAGCAGCUAAGGGGUCAAACUCUGGUAAGUCUAAGGACGGAAGCCAAGGUAAUGAGCAGAUGUUAGCUAAGUUGGAGCAGAUGAUAAUUCAGCAAUCAAAAGGAUCUACUAGACGCAAUUCUAGUAUAAGCAGCAAAAAGCCUACUUUAUUGAAAAUCAAGGAUUCAUCCAAGCAAAUUGCCACAGCUACUCCAGUACAACUCUUAGAAAUUGAAAGAAUAGCGCAAGACCAUUUUGGUAUUACCGCACCUAUAUUAAUUGAGAAUUUCGCUAUUAACUUGGCGCAAGUUAUAAAACAGAAACUUGGGGGCAAAGCCAGAUUACGUCUGGAGAAUUCCAAUGCAGAGCCUCUUGUUGUGAUACUAACAUCUGAUUCUGUAAGAAGUGGCGCAAGAGCACUUGCAUUAGGAAGACAGCUAUGCCGUACGGGGCAUAUUAGAGUAAUCACUAUGUUUACCACUUCAGUCAAUGAGAUACAAGAUAGUCUAGUGAAGGAGCAAUUAGAGCUGUUUAAGAAAUGUGGUGGUAAAGUAGUCAACAAAGUCAGUUCACUAGAAAGUGCGGUGAUGAGUUUGAAUAGUCCAGUUGAAAUUGUUAUUGAUGCUAUGCAAGGUUUUGACUACAAUAUCUCAGAUAUAUUUGAAAACAUUGCUGAAGCUGAACAAGCUGACGAAGAUGUUAAUGCCAGUGAUCAAAACAGACGUAAUAACACUAGAAACAGCGUCUCAAAGGCAGAGACUAUCGAACAAAGAAUUACGGAUAUUAUAAACUGGUGUAACAAUCAACGUGGAUCCACGAAGAUUUGGUCUUUGAACGUACCAAGCAGUUUUGAUAGCGGUUCUGGUGUUCAAAACUUCCCCGUCGCCGUGCAAGCCACCGGGGUUAUUUGCACGGGCUGGCCAUUGUCCUCUUUACCAAACAUCAAAUACACGUUGAGUUCUCUCGAUGAUGUCGUGGCCGUCGACAUGGGUUUCCCAAGAGGUGUCUACACACUUCAAAACUCCCUGCGUAAAUUCCUUUCCUUUGAUGUUUUCGCAAUUGAAGGUUCCAUCGCUUUGGAACUUUGA